GUAACUGUAGUAUCUGUAGUAGCUGUAGUAUCUGUAGUAGGUGUAGUAUCUGUAGUAUCUGUAGUAGCUGUAAUAGCUGUAGUGGGUGUAGUAGGCGUAGUAGCUGUAGUAGCUGUAGUAGGUGUAGUAUCUGUAGUAGCUGUAGUAGCUGUAGUGGGUGUAGUAGGCGUAGUAGCUGUAGUAGCUGUAGUAGGUGUAGUAUCUGUAGUAGCUGUAGUAGCUGUAGUGGGUGUAGUAGGCGUAGUAGCUGUAGUAGCUGUAGUAUGUGUAGUAGCUGUAGUAGCUGUAGUAGGUGUAGUAUGUGUAGUAGCUGUAGUAGGUGUAGUAGGCGUAGUAGCUGUAGUAGCUGUAGUAUGUGUAGUAUGUGUAGUAGCUGUAGUAGGUGUAGUAGGUGUAGUAACUGUGGUAGCUGUAGUAGGUGUAGUAGCUGUAGUAGCUGUAGAAGGUGUAGUAACUGUAGUAGCUGUAGUAGGUGUAAUAGCUGUAGUAGUAGCUGUAGUAGCUGUAGUAAGUGUAGUAACUGUAGUAGCUGUAGUAGGUGUAGUAGCUGUAGAAGGUGUAGUAGCUGUAGUAGGUGUAGUAGGCGUAGUAGCUGUAGUAACUGUAGUAGCUGUAGUAAGUGUAGUAGCUGUAGUAAGUGUAGUGGCUGUGGAAGCUGUAGUAGCUGUGGUAGCUGUAGUUAGUGUAGUAACUGUAGUAGCUGUAGCAGCUGUAGUGGGUGUAGUAGCUGUAGUGGGUGUAGUAGCUGUGGUAGCUGUAGUAGCUGUAGUAGGUGUAGUAGCUGUAGUAGGUGUAGUAAUAGUAAUAGUAAUAAAUUGCUUUAUUUGCAUGACCGCAUCAUUUUACAGUAUUGCAAAAGCAUGUAUAUGACAAUCAAAAUAUAAAACAAAACAGCACUAAUAAUAAUCUAGAAAAAUUCGGUUACAUUACUAACAAUGAAUCACGUAUUUUCAUGCAGGAGGAAACAAACUUCAUAACUAACUUAUUUACAUGAUGUUCCUUCGAAUUCAUUAUCAGUUUUAUGCUUUCUGGAGAUGAUUUCUUGUCAAAGUCAGGUAUUAUUCGAUUGAUUUGAUUAAUAAAUGCCUGUCUCUGUACUGAGUAUUUGUUACAUUGAAAGAGGAAAUGAAUCUCAUCUUCUACCUGAUUUGAGUUACAUAAAGGACAUAAUCUAUUUUCUCUUGGCAAAUGAUCGAUUUGGUAUCGACCAUGUUCAAUCAUAAGUUUGUGAUUACUUAUUUUAAAUUUAACAAAAUUCUGUCGUUCGUCAUAAUGUCUUAGCUGGUAGAGAUAAUCAGAUGUAGAAUAGUCAUCUUUAAAAUUUUUAUAAAAUUCUAGUUUUUUUGAAUUUUCGAGGCUGUGCCGCCAAAAAGAUAGAUAUUUCUCUCUCAUUUCUGUGGUAUAUCGUCUAAUUUUAUCAUUAUCUAGAGAUUCAGCAUCUAAACUGGUUAGAUUGUAUUGUUCAAGCAUGUUUAUGAAAUUGGAAAAAUAUCCGGAAUUAUUCAUAGAAUGUAGAUUCUUUGACAUAAGGAAAGACUGUUUGACUAUAGAGUCAUUAUCUUUGUUGUUGAGGUAAACAAAAUAUUUCAUAAUUUUCUGAUUUAUCGGGAUAAGCAGCGGCAGUCUAUCAAGUUCAGCUCUGCAGGCUAUGUUAGAGGCCUUAUUGUUAACCUCUAAGUAACGUUUACAGAAUUUGAGGUGGAUUUUUUCUAUUGGGGAGCUAUCCCAUUUUUUAAAAUCUUGCUUGGUGUACAUUCCCCAUACCUCGCUGUUGUAACUCAAGAUUGGGAAUACCAUGGUGUCAAAAAUUUGGGAUGCAGUAUUAGGAUUAAGUUUGUUAAGAAUUGUCCGCUUCCGAAUACUAGAAAACGCGUGAAGGGCCUUUUAUUUUAAGUGUUCGAGUGCAAGUGCAAAGUUUCCCGUUGGAGUUAAACGUGUACCUAAAUAAGUGUAUUCUUGGACAAUUUCAAUUGACUCACUGCCUAUGUUGAAUUUGAUGUCAAUAGAUUUUUUUGGGCGUUUCUGGAAUAUCAUGAUUUUUGUUUUCUUCGGAUUAAUUUUUAGCUUCCAUUUGUCACAAUACAAAGAAAGCGCAUUUAAACAGUUCUGUAAUCCAGUUUUCGAUCUUGAUAGAAUAACUAAAUCAUCUGCGUAGAAAAAAAUUUAUUUUUUUUUCCCAUUUGGGAGAACAAAUGGGUCAGAUAAGGUGUUUUCGAAUAAAAGUGGUAGAUUGUUUAAAUAGAGGUUAAAUAAAAGGGCUUAAAAUACAGCCUUGACGUACACCUCUGGAAUAUGAAAAAGGCUGUGUUUUGUUUUCACCGAUUUUGAUGGAACAUGUCGAGUUGCAAUAAAGACUUUUCAUGAGGUUGUACAAGUUUCCUCCUAUAUUCGUUUUUAGCAGCUUGUAAAACAAUCCUUCGUGCCAAACAGAGUCAAACGCUUUGCGAAAAUCUACGAAACAAGCGUAGACUUUUUCCUUGUGAUAAUGCACAUAUUUAUCUAUUAGGGUCCUUAGAGUGAAAACAUGGUCUGCAGUGCGGUUUUCAGGCAAAAAGCCAAUUUGGGAAUUAUGUAAUAUCUUAUUUUCCUCAAAAUACAAGUGAAGUCUUCGAUUUAAAAUAGAACAGAACAGUUUUCCAAGGCAACUAGAAACACAUAUGCCUCUGUAAUUUGUUGGAUCACUCUUGUCACCAGAUUUGUAAAUUGGGGUUAUGAGGCCUUGACACCAAACAUCUGGCAUUUUUCCGGAUUGUAAAAUAAGGUUAAAAAGUUUGACAUAGACAGGCAUUAGUGGUUCGAGGCUUGCUUUGAUCAUUUCAUUUCGUAUUUUGUCAACAAAUGGUGAUUUCUUAUUUUUCAAUUUCUUCGCCGCUUGACGUAUUUCCCUCUCAGUUAUCUCAUAAUCGAGAUGGUAGUAGCUGUAGUAUCUGUAGUAGGUGUAGUAGCUGUAGUAUCUGUAGUAGGUGUAGUAUCUGUAGUAUCUGUAGUAGCUGUAGUAGCUGUAGUGGGUGUAGUAGGCGUAGUAGCUGUAGUAGCUGUAGUAGCUGUAGUAUGUGUAGUAGCUGUAGUAGCUGUAGUAGGUGUAGUAUGUGUAGUAGCUGUAGUAGCUGUAGUAGGUGUAGUAGGCGUAGUAGCUGUAGUAGCUGUAGUAUGUGUAGUAUGUGUAGUAGCUGUAGUAGCUGUAGUAGGUGUAGUAUGUGUAGUAGCUGUAGUAGCUGUAGUAGGUGUAGUAGGCGUAGUAGCUGUAGUAGCUGUAGUAUGUGUAGUAUGUGUAGUAUCUGUAGUAGCUGUAGUAGGUGUAGUAGGCGUAGUAGCUGUAGUAGCUGUAGUAGGUGUAGUAGCUGUAGUAGCUGUAGUAGGUGUAGUAUCUGUAGUAGCUGUAGUAGCUGUAGAACAAACAAGGAAUUGGUAA